ACCGUGAUGGAUACUGGUGGUGGAUGGCUGGUAACCUUGCCUCCGGUGGUCUCGCCGGUGCCACCUCCCUCAUGUUCGUCUACUCCCUCGACUACGCCCGUACCCGUCUCGCCAACGACGCCAAGAGCGCGAAGAAGGGUGGUGAGCGCCAGUUCAACGGCCUGGUGGAUGUCUACAAGAAGACCAUCGCCUCCGACGGUGUCCUCGGUCUCUACCGUGGUUUCGGUCCCUCCGUCGCCGGUAUCGUCGUCUACCGUGGUCUGUACUUCGGUAUGUACGACUCGCUCAAGCCUGUCGUCCUCACCGGCAACCUGGAGGGCAACUUCCUGGCCUCCUUCUUGCUCGGAUGGUCCGUCACCACCGGUGCUGGUAUCGCCUCAUACCCCCUUGACACUGUCCGUCGUCGUAUGAUGAUGACCUCCGGUGAGGCCGUCAAGUACAAGUCCUCCUUCGAUGCCGCCUCCCAGAUCAUCGCCAAGGAAGGUGUCGCCUCGCUCUUCAAGGGUGCUGGUGCCAACAUCCUCCGUGGUGUCGCCGGUGCUGGUGUGCUCUCCAUCUACGACCAGAUGCAGCUCAUCAUGUUCGGCAAGAAGUUCAAAUAAGCGACUCGCCCCACAACACGACCAGCUCACACCGAACGGACGGGCAUGUGAGACGAUCUGCCGACCGCUGUGAAGGCAGGUCCAAGGUGCGCGGUGAAAAAGUGUGUUACUGCUCUGGAUGGCAUGGGAUCAGCUUGGACAGGAGACAGUGGCAUUUUGUUGGAGGACCCACGAGAUGUGGUUCUCCGACGAGCCGUAUCACGUCCCCUGACGUUGAUGCAUGUGUACUCUUAUUUCCGCCCCGGGCAAUGCUUUCCCCUGUAUUACAAUCGGUUGCUCUCUUUUUUAACUAUUGGUGUAUAGAGGAUCUCCAAGCGA